AUGGCAAUUCAAGGGUUCAUUCAUGGUUUGCAGCUUGUUGCAUUGAGUUGUAUACCUCAGAUAACCUCAUUUGCAACAUCUGAGAAGAACACGAAGAGAAAGGAAAUUGUCGCUUCUGAAGAUGAAUAUGAUAAUGAAGAAAUAGAGAAACCACUAAGCAUCGGUAUGCGAUUAGUUAAAGACCUCGAUGCAGACCAAACGGUUAAAGUGACAUAUACUCUACCUACGGAAAACCUACAUGGACAAGACUUAACAUGGUCUAAAGAUCAGGAGGAUGGCAAAGUUAACUAUAUGAUAGAUCUUCUCGAGAAAAAUCAUAACUUCACAAACGCUUCUUGGUCUGGCGGACUUGAUGCAAAAUUAACUAUAUGUCAAUUGCUUACUUCUGAUCGAGAAUUAUCUGGUUGGAUAGAUGAUGUAACAUCUUUCGCUAACACAGAGUGA